AUGGUGGCAGUGCAAAAAGUGGUGGUUCUUGGGGCCUCCGGCAACAUAGGACUGCCUGUGCUGAAGGUACUUCUAGCUGAAGGAUUUGAGGUGACUGCAGUGUCUCGAAACCCCAAGACUGAAGUCCCUAUUGGUGUCAAGCUGGCAGUUGGCGACAUCUCAAAUGAACAGGAGCUCGAAUCUCACUUCCGCGGCCAGGACGCCCUUGUGGAAGCUUUCGGCCCGUCUGCAGCAGGGAGCCAGGGUCUCAUCGUGAGAGCUUCUGUGAAAGCAGGAAUCAAACACAUCAUCACUCCUGAGUUUGCGGGAGAUACAUUCAACACCAAUGCUGGCGAGCUGAUGAUCUAUGAACCAAAGAUUAACGCUCAAAAGGCAUUGGAAGAGAACAGUGUUGGCUACGAUUUGAAAUGGACGGCGAUUAUCACAGGCCCAUGGUAUGAUUGGGCGAUUAUCAACAAUUUCUUCUGGUUGGAUAAAAAGCAACGUACCAUGACAGUCUUUGGCUCUGGAAAUCAGAAAUACAGCAUGUGCAAAACGCAGACAAUAGCUCGAGCAGUAGUCGAUGUCCUCCGUCGUCCGCAAGACUUUGCCAACCGACCGGUCUACGUUGCAGAUUACACCGUUAGCACCAAUGAAUUACUGGCUAUCCUUGAAUCAAUAAGCCCAGGGUGGGAGGUCAAACGGGUGAACAUCGACAAUUUCUUCCAGACGGCCAAAGAAAAAUGGCAGGCAGACAGGGCGGCAGGCGUCAGAGAAACGCUGGGUACUGAGGCGUAUAUGAUGUUGGGAACAUAUGGCAUGUUUGAGGAAAGCAACAAAUAUGGAGCUGACUUCAGUGACAAGGUUGAGCCUGCAUAUGUGAAUGAUAUUGAUCAACUUAAAAUUGAGUUGAAGGGCCUUUUAUCGGUUUAG